GCAUAGUGUAUUAUUCUAACAUCCCUAUGCUGUCUGUUUUGUUUAGGAUGAUGAUUUUGAGGAGAUGGAAGCCCUCAGUCUUCACUCUGCUAAGGCUGUUAUCAUGGAUGACGAACAGCAGAAGUCUCAUCGUUACUCACCAAGUCUGCAGGGGGAUGACGAUGUCGAAUUGAGCAAAGAACGCAAACAUAAAAAGUCCAAAUAUAAGAUUCAUCUGCCCCACAAAUCGAAGGCAUCACACGGACUGAAAGAGAAGGGCUCCACUGACGACGAAAUGACAGAAAAAGAUAUGAAGUCUCAUGAAGAGGAGUAUGAUGAAGAUCCAGAUGAGAUUGAAAUGCUCAAACUGAAAAAGCCAUUUAAGUUUAAAGUUUCCAAAAAACACAAGCACCAGAGCAAAAAGAACCAAUCAGAAGCCCCACCUGUUGAGCACCUCUCUGAGGCUGCUAAGGCAGCAUGGGAGGCUGCUCAGAUGGACGAACAAGCUGCAGCCGGUGAAGAGGAGGAUGAGGAGGAAGACGGGGACACGGACAGUUUAUUGGAGUGGUGGUACACAGUAGAAAAAUGGGACGAACUGCCAUCGGAUGAAGAGGAUGCAGCCGUCAAAGAGGAUGAGUCAAAGUCAUUCACCGUCUUGGCAGACAAGGUCGAACGCGGCCUGCGUCUCUUCAACAAGGUGUUUACCGAGCAGGCCGAGGCCCUGUGGGAGUCCAUCAUCUCGCUCCACGCCCUCGCCGACGACAUCAACGAGUUCCAUCACAAAGCCAAGAUCGCUGGGAUCAGCGGGGGCACCACCACCGCAGUGGGCACUGUGGCGGCCAUCACUGGUCUGGCUCUGGCUCCCGUGACCUUCGGAGCGUCCCUGUUAGUCGCUGCCGUGGGCGUGGGGGUGGCAACGGCCGGUGGGAUCACCUCUGCCUCUGCAGCCAUCUCUGAUAACGUCAACAACAAGAACGAACGCAAAAAGAUCGAGGGUCUGCUGCAGGAGUACGAAGAGCGAAUGCUGGAGAUCUCGAACAUCCUCCACUUUGUCAAUAAGGGCUUGUCCAAGCUGCGCGGCCACCCUUUCCUCAGGUCUGGCACACAGCACUAUUCCCAAGACUGGGAAAUCCGCAAAGCGGUCCAGAUGAUCAGCAUUGUGGAUUCGCCUGUUAUGCGAGCAACAGAGAUGACUGAUGACGCCGUGGGCUCCCUGCAAGGACUCUUCAAAGGUAUGGACACGUACUUCGUGAACGAAACCAGAGAGCUGAAGAAAGGCUACAGGAAGGAGAUUGUGUCCGUUAUAAGACAAGUGGCAAACGUGCUGAAUGACUGCAUCGUGGGGCUGAACGCCAUCAGAGAGGAUCUGCAGGAUGCUACUGGAAAUAUGUGAACAACCUUCAUGAUCACACUGAUCAUGGCUCUCCACUGACAUCUCCUGGCUGAAAAUAAGAACUGCUCUUCCAUGUUGCAUCAGUCUUGGAAAAUAUUCCACCUCUGUUAAACUCAUGAAGAUAUUUUUGGCAUUGUGGCUGAGAAAUGAGUUUUUUCCAGGUUUUUAGACGGCAUAUUAAUUUUGUACUUGUACAGUAAAACACAGAUAAGUUCCUUUAUUAAUUAACCCUUUUGCAUCAAAGUUUUUUCCUAUUUAAAAUUCACAGUUAGAAUUGUUAGAAUUGAGUCAGUUUGGAAAUAAUUUAUUCACUUUACUUUGAAAUAGUUUAUCAAAGACUUUGACAAAAGUCUUUGAAGAGAUGAGGUUUAAAAAUGUUUAACAGUUGAUGAAUUUAGUGAACCAAAGUGAUAAAUGUCAGAUUUUGGCAGAAUGUUUUGCAGGUCAUAGACCCUUGUACUGUAAGUGAGACUUUUAAUCUUAAGUUGUAAAAAAGAAUCUUGUUUUCAUAAUCAGGUGUCAAUAGAUAGAUUUAUUGUUAUAACUUGAAUCGGUUUGUUCAAAAUAUAGCUCAUGUUUUGCAACGAGGGAGUUAGUUUGGUUUAUUCAGAAGCUUGAACACAUUUUAAUACUUUUCAUUUUUCCUGAAAGAGCUGUCUGGAAUGAAUGCAAAGCAUGUUGCAUGACAAAAUGAAGUUUUUUCUGCUUGAUUGUAGGCACAUUGUCAUUUUAUUAUCCAUAUUGAAUCAUCCAGCUGCUAUUUUACCCCUAACCACCCUUAACCAUAGGCAUUCUUAACAUUUGACUUAUCCAGCUUUGAUAGGCCACUGUCAUUGCAUUGCUGAGGCAUUUGUUCAUAUAUUUGCAUUUUAACAUGAAAUGAAUGUAACUUUUUUAAUUGUUCUAUUUUACUAUAUUCAAUAUGUCCUGGUUAACCCAAGAAUAAAAUGUAAAAAUGACCUAUUGACACAUUUUCCCCUGG